CUUCGUAGCCUACUUACUUCAGCAUACGCAGGAAAUAGAAACCGUUGUAUCUUGCUAUCUCCGCCUUAAAGGCACUGAGAGAUGCCGCCUAUCGCCUUUCGAUGAGUGGGUCCAUGGCAGCUUCAACAUGUGCCUACCACUCUAUAUCGACAACUGGAAGAAACGGCCUGGCAGAAAAGUCAUGAUCCGAUUCCCGCUCCCCUAUAAGGUUGGCGAGUUAAAUUAUCCAGGCAAUGCAAAUGAAAAGGUCCGUUGCGAGGCAGCUACUUAUGUUUGGAUCCGCGAGAACUGCCCGGACGUUCCUAUUCCUCACCUGUGGGGGUUUGCAUUUGCAGCUGAUGCGCAGGACACAAAGGGCUAUAGCUUCAUCGCAUUAGACGGCGCAUCCCUACUCACACGGCUUUUUGAGACUCUUCGCCGCCAGUUCUCUUUCCUGUUAGGCCACAACAAUCCCUGUAGGUAUAUAUCAGCAGGGCGCCCCUAUAGUUUUGAGAUAGGGCACCUAGUUAUUGAUUACCUCGAAGAGACCGACGGCACGAUGCUAUCAGCAUUGUGGGAAAGUUACCGACAGGAUGACGGCCAUUUAGCCAAUCUGUUUCAGGGCUUGUCACGAAUUAUGCUUGCGCUAGGGAAUAUUCCAUUGCCACGUAUUGGCUCCUUUACUAUGGACAACGACGGAGUGGUUAGACUUGCGAACCGCCCGCUGACUCUUCAGAUACAUCAAUUAGAGAAUGAGGGCAUUCCAACGAAGAUAGAUCGAGAUACAACUUACGCUACGACGGAGUCCUACUUUCUCGACGUAUUAUCCUGUCAUGAUAACCAUCUAACUUACCAACUCAACGCCAUUAACGACGAGUCUGAUUGCCGUUCACAGAUGGCUGCUCUAGCUAUCAUUCGGACCGUCCUUCCACGCUUUAUACGCCAUGAUCUACGCCGCGGGCCAUUCCUCCUCACCCAAACCGAUGUCCAUCAAAGCAAUAUAUUCGUGGAUGACGAGUGGAAUAUCAAAUUUUUCAUUGAUCUAGAGUGGGCAUGCUCUUUGCCUAUGGAGAUGCAGCACCCACCGUACUGGCUUACGAGUCAAGCGGUCGAUGGCUUUGCUGAUGAGGAACUCGCCUUGAUUGAAGUUAAAUAUAGCGAAUUUCACAGAAUCUUUGCUCGUGAGGAGGCGCUACAGGGUCUAGGAAGUGAUAAACCAAUUUCAUUAUCCCGCGCAUGCACCAUGCAGAAGGGGUGGGAGUGUGGGAAUUUCUUCUACUUUCUAGCUCUAGACAGUAUCUCAGGGCUAUAUGGCAUUUUCAUCCAACAUCUCCAGCCUAGAUUUGCGGAUCAUUUCGCUGAUAGUAACUUUGAGCGUAUUGUUUCUUCAUAUUGGUGUUCGGAAAGCCAGGAAUUCGUCGUUGGUAAGAUCCAGCAGAAGAGCGAAUAUGACAGGCGGCUAAGGGAGGUGUUUGAGAGGCCGAAGAAAAUAACAAAUGGAGGUUUUUAACGUUUCUUGUGUUUGUUGUUCAGCUUGAAGGAUUUUUUUAGCAGCCCUGUCCAGUUGU